CCGUCAUUCUCGUGGUCUCAGCGCUACGUCAGCAGUGAUACAGAAACAUGGCGGUGUCCAUAGCACAGCGCCCGGCUGCCAACACUCGUUUGUUGAUAUUAACUUUUCUCACAACGUUAAUAUUUCACCACAGCCUCGCCGACGUCCCCGCCGGUGCCCCGACGACAGAGGAGCUUCCUCACCGCCGGUUUGAGUACAAAUACAGCUUCAAGGGACCCCACCUGUCUCAGAAAGACGGCGGGAUCCCGUUUUGGAUCCACACUGGAAAUACUAUUCCCAGUGCAGACCAAGUGCGCAUCACUCCGUCCCUCAGGAGUCAGAAGGGCUCUGUGUGGACCAAAAACAAAUUCAACUUUGAACACUGGGAGGCCAAGGUGACCUUCAGAGUAUCUGGACGAGGCCGGAUGGGAGCGGAUGGUUUGGCCAUGUGGUUCACCACUGAGCAGGGCCUCGACGGCCCGGUGUACGGAGCGGCCGACCAGUGGAACGGAGUGGGAGUCUUCUUUGACACCUUUGAUAACGAUGGAAAGAAAAAUAACCCAGCUAUAGUUGUUGUGGGAAACAAUGGCAAGCUUGUUUAUGACCAUCAAAAUGACGGCACCACACAGGCCCUCGGCACGUGUUUACGAGACUUCCGCAACAAACCCUAUCCUGUCCGAGCCAAAAUAACUUACUACAAGAAGACGCUAACGGUGAUGUUCAACGCUGGUUUCACUCCAGACAAAGAAGACUACGAGCUCUGCACCAAGGUGGACAACAUGGUCAUCCCCACUGAGGGCUUCUUCGGCAUCUCGGCAGCCACUGGAGGCUUAGCAGAUGACCACGAUGUUUUGUCCUUCUUAACGUUCAGUCUCUCAGAGCCAGGCCAGCAGCCGCCCCCACCUGAAUCUGAGAUUCCUAAAGAAGAGAAGGACAAGUACCAGGAGGAAUUUCAGAACUUCCAGCAAGAGCUGGACAAAAAGAAAGAGGAGUUUCAGAAAGAGCACCCCGACAUCCAAGGAGAGCCAAUUGAGGACAUCUAUGAGACGGUGAAUGACCAGGAGAUCCGUCAGGUGUUUGAGGGUCAGAACCGGAUCCACCUGGAGAUCAAACAGCUCCACCGGCAGCUCGCUAUGAUCCUGGACGAGCAGCGGAGAUACGUGUCCGUCAUCACAGACGAGGUCGCCAAGAAGGGGGCCAACGCCGAGUCGGGACAGCUGGACACUGUGGGUCAACAGCAGUUGGGCUCCGUCCUAGCCACCCAGCAGGAGGUCCUCCAAAACCUGAACGAGCUGAGGAACUCCUUCUAUGAGUCUCUGAAGCAGAUCGGCUCAGCGCAGGGGAACGCGGGCGCUUUGGGAACGUACGAGACCAUCCAGCACUUCAACGAAAUCAAGGAGCAUCUGCACACGGUCAAAAGAGACGUGGAGCACCUGGUGCAGCGCAACUCUCCGAAUCCAGCGGAGAAGACAGUGAAGUGCCCCGAGGUGCCCCCCAUGCCUUCCUGCCUAUCCACAGUUCACUUUACAAUCUUCAUCAUUGUCCAGUCAGUCCUGUUCUUCUGCUACAUCAUGUACAAGAGUCAACAAGAAGCAGCAGCAAAGAAGUUCUUUUGAUAAAAUACAUUUCUAAAAAGAAAGUGUGUAAAUGAGGGAAUGUCCAUUUUGGUCUUUGGUUUUUCAGUUUAUUUUGAGAUCUUAAAUUAUUGUACUUGAAAGAAAUGAUCUUGUUGAAGUUUGUUUUAAUUCAUUUCAGAUUUUUUUAUUUGAUCACUAAUUAGCUUUGUAUGAAUGCAUCUGUGAGACCUUUGGAUUUCCAACAUGAUGUAACAUGUUCCUUACAGUAUUUUUGGUUGGAUCUGUUUUGAUUUUGUUUUCAAUCUGCCCCAGUCCCAUUUUAUGAAACUGAACUGACUACAAAGAAACAUGUGCAAUUUUGUAUAAAAUAAUGCUGAACUAUUGCUGGCAAAAACUCA